GGCGUGCGGUCGUGUCUUGUCCCGCGAAUAAAUCGGAAGGUUCUGCUUCCUUUACGUUACUUUCCACGCACUUGUUGAGAGGUAACAUUCCUUUCGGUUCUCGAAUCUGACAUAUUUUCACCAAGUGCGAACAGGAGGUGGUUUAGGUUUUCUCCGAAGGCCUCCGAACGUCGUCGCGUGUCUUCAUCUCAUAAAAAUUCCACACUCUUUGCUCAUUACUGGUCUAGUAUUGUGUGCAGUGAGUAAAUCGCGGAAUUCCUUCGAUGUUCCGUUGCUGGAGAAGGAUAUAAGUUGAUUUGCACAGCGACAGAGCUAACUAAGGCGAAAGAAACUUUUGUCUGGAUGAGUGAGCAGUAAGGAUUAAAUAGCAAAUUAUCCGCUUCCAACGACGAGUGCAGGAUUUUUUGCGGUCCUUGGUUGCAAUACGCGUGUGGAAAGCUCUAUUCCGUGUUAUGGGUGGUGAAGUGGCGCUUUCGAAGCCAACAAGCGAAAAUAAAUAGAGGAAGUUAGCGCGGCUGGAAAAUUAAUACGUACAGUGUGUGAAAACGGUGAAAACCUCUCUCUCCAGUUGGAACCACAUCGUUUGUGAAACGUGUUCGCGGGUAAAGAAACGAGUUGAAUCGCCGUGUUGUUUGCUCUUGGUGAAAAUAUAAACAAAUAUUAUUUUUAAUAUUUCACGCCGCCACUCAGCGAAGUUUAUUUGGUUUUGACUUUCGGUGUGCUUAAAUUGGCUGCUGUCGCUGGCACUUCGUAAGAUUAACAGACGCCCGCUUCACCUUCCGGUCUGUGUCAACUGGAUUUAAUGAAAUUGGCGCACAGCUGCGGUUCUACACUCGAACGAGGAAAUUUCAUGAUUCAUGCUAACAAAAUUCCAGCUUGCUAAACAGAAGGCAGAAAAACGACAUACGUACAUACAUUUGGUAGCAUGAGAACAUGAGUUCGCCGUUCUAGUCUAGAAUUCAACGCAAGAACAGACCCCAACAACCGGCCAAACCGAGCGAGACGGGCAAAAAUUCCGCGCCUCAAAUGUGUUGUUUGCGUUUUUGGUGAAGGUUUAAUUUUGUUUCAAAGCUAUCGACACGGAUUCCCAAAGAAGUGUUAAAUACGACGGAAGCCAUUCUGACCGAAAUUAUUGCCACUCCUACUGUAUCUACAUCUUGCAUAAAAUAUUUUUUCAGUGUUCGUGUUUUUAGUUUUUAUUUUGCAAAAAGUAAUCGUGCUCGACAGUGUUGUGAAAGGUGUAAUAAAAAAUGAAAUCAUUCAAAAUGUGCCCGGAUUGCUGGGGACCGGUGGUCGCUUUACUGCUGCUGGUGGUGAUAUGCGUGUCGAGCACCCAUGGAGGAUCUUGUCGGGAGGCGUCGCUUUGUUGUAACGGCCGUGAUUCGUCCUGCGUAGUGCAGAAAGCUCCGCUGAAUGCGAUUAUCGAGGAUUUAAACGAUAAGCCGUGUUAUUGCGAUCAUGCGUGUCUGCGGCUCGGGGAUUGCUGCGAUGAUUUCAAGGCACACUGUGGCGUGAUAGACUGCGUCGUCAGCGAAUGGGGACCGUGGAGUGACUGCGAUACUGCUUGUGGAACCGGCAUGAUGUCACGAACCAGGAUAAUUGAACAUAAACCGCAAAACGGUGGCAAGCACUGCCCAUCGCUGCUACAGAAACGAGGCUGCCAAGGAUUGAAGUGCCACAAUCACCACGACCGGAAGGUAUUGAGAGAAACUGCACUACUGCUCCCGGCUAUUUUAUCGAAAAGUAGACAUGAAAACGACACCAGCGACAUCCGGCGGAACCUACGGCUGCGCUACAAGAACGCAUUCAAGCACAACCGAGGCAACGAGUACUGCAUAGAGUUCGAAGUAAUUAAGGCGACGAAGGCAUGCCAUAAGGAUAAAACUUACAGUGCACUUGCCGAGGGUGACCGAGUGACUGUCCGUUGUGACCUGGAAGCACUACACGAGGAAAAGUCAGUUACAUUGGAGCCAGAGAUUUCCAACAACUCGAUUCAGGAGGAAGACGACAACGAUGGUGGCAGCCGGCAGACUGUGGAUAAGAAGCCAAAAUUUCGUUGUCGGGGUGAGGGCACAACCGGACGGAGCACCCAGUUUACCAGCUUGGCGCUGCCCUCGUGUCGGGGUAAAUGGAUGCGAGUGACAUCUAAGCAGGUGAAAAAAUGCUCCGCCGCCGAUGCUGAAUUUAUUUUCGUCUAGAAGUAUCAUUCUUGAAGUUCCACCUUUCCAAUUCGAUGGUGAAUACGAAAGACGAUUCAGCAUGUGAAUGACAUCAAAUAUGUAUAUCAUCGACAAUAUUAAGCAGUGAUGAUGUAACGAAAAUAUUUUGACGAAAAAUCGAGAAGAAGAAACAAUGGGAAAUUCCUCGCCGCGUGGAAAAUGACAUCAGCAUGCUUUUCCAUUAUAGCACAGCUGACAAUGACAUCGACUGUCGCUAUUUUUUAAAUUUUCCAUAGUAGAGGAAAACAGUUGAGGAAAUGACAAACUUACGAGAGAUUUUGUACAUUAAGGUAGUGAAAUAGUGAAAUUAAGAUAGGAAGAGAGAGAUCGGCAAGUAAGAAUGAACAUAAAAUCGAUUAAGUCAGCUGAGAUUAUAUCAAUCACUAUUUAACUUUCACUCAGCAUCAGCAUCACAGCCGCGAAAAUUGUCUGCAAGAUGAAGUGUAAUGAGAUUUAUUAUCUGAGCAAUGUCUUAUCUAAGUUUCAGAAAACACAUUGGUUUAAUUAUACCCUCUAAUAGCUUCCACUAAAAUUGAAGAAAUCUGUUAAGAAAAGUGCCAUAUCAAAACUAUUGUCUUCAAAACAAAUAGAAACGGUAAAGAAACAACCAACCAGUAUAAGUAUGUAAAAACCAAAAUUUGAAGCAACGUAUAAAAUAUAAUGAAUAUCAGAACGUAAUAUCACUAGAUCUAAUUUUCCUUUUUUCAGUUGAAUAUGUAAAAUAGUGUUAAAAAUAAAA